UUCCUCUCACUCGUUCCAAUUAAAUUUUUUUUUUAAAUAAACGCUCUCUUCAAUCUCCGCUGUUAAAACCUACCUUCUUCGUCAAGAUCUAGGGCUUCGUUUCUUGUAGCUCACACUCAGAGCUAGCGAGCAAGAGAGAGAGAGAGAGAGAGAUCUUACGGACAUGGCGGCUUCUCAGGAGUACAUGGACAAGAUGCAGCUUCGCCAGAACUACCGGAAUGUCUGGCACACCGAUCUCAUGGGCACCAUUCAAGCAGACACUCCCUAUUGCUGCUUUGCGUUUUUUUGUGGGCCGUGUGUAUCAUACUUGCUCCGCAAACGAGCACUUUACAAUGAUAUGUCAAGAUAUGUAUGUUGUGCUGGUUAUAUGCCCUGUAGUGGCAGGUGUGGAGAAAGUAAAUGUCCUGAAUUUUGUCUAGCCACUGAGGUUUUUCUCUGCUUUGGAAAUUCAGUGGCUUCAACCCGGUUUAUGUUACAAGAUGAGUUUAAUAUACAGACAACACAAUGUGAUAAUUGCAUCAUUGGUUUCAUGUUCUGCCUACAACAACUUGCGUGCAUCUUUUCCAUAGUUGCAAUGAUUGUUGGAAGUAGUGAAAUUCAAGAGGCAUCUCAAAUAUUGUCUUGCUUGUCGGACAUGGUAUACUGCACGGUUUGCGCUUGUAUGCAGACACAACACAAGGUUGAAAUGGACAAGCGAGAUGGCAAGUUUGGGCCUCAACCAGUAAUGGCAAUACCCCCCAUGCAGCAGAUGUCUCGCAUUGACCAGCCAAUUCCUCCUUCUGUUGGAUAUCCACCUCAACCAGCAUAUGGACAGCCCUACGGUUAUCCACCUCCUCAGGCUCAAGGCUAUCCGGCUGCGGGUUAUCCUCCAUCUGCUUAUCCUCCUCCUGCUUAUCCACCUUCUGGAUACUCUAGGUGAUUUCAUUGCGAUGUUCCUGGUCAAUUUCCUAUUUCAGGUGAUAUUUUGGGUGUUGAAAUGUUGGUCCGCAAGUAACAUCACUGUGAAAUCCUCUAUCAAUCAAAAUGUCUCUGGACCAGGCACUUGUAUUUUAUUUUUAUACUUGUUUGCUGAGGGGUGUUAGAAAUAGUGAUACAUUUGUGUGUGGCUUGACCCCUCUUUUUUGCCAAUUAAAAACAACAAAAUUUUUAAAUAAAUCCUAGCUUCUUGUCCUUCUAUAUAUUUCUUGUAUGUUAUUUCUUUUGCCUCUGGGUGUAUUUAUAGAUUUGUGUAUCAAGUAUAUGCAUAUACUUGUGUAACAUGCAGCUGAGGAACUGGACUUGUGUUCUUGUUCAGUCGCUUAUGCUGGAAAUUGGAAACUUUGUUUCUGUAAUAAAUGUCAUGAAAUGUCUUUGCUCGUCUA